AUGGAGAAAGCUGGAGUGAUAGAGCCAUCAGUGAGCCCUUGGAUUUCGCCAGUUGUACUUGUGAGGAAGAAAGAUGGUUCUCACCAGAUGACAGACCAGUUCUGCAGAAUGCCGAAUGCAUCUCAGACCUUCCAGAGUACAAUUAACCUCGUGUUUGCAAGUGUUCUUGAUAAGCAUACUGCUGCUUAUUUGGACGACAUUGUUGUCUUUUCCAGAGGGUUACAACAUCUCAAAGAUUUGAAAGAAACCAUAGAUUUAAUCCAUGCUGCUUGCCUAAGGCUAAAUCCAGACAAAUGUGAGGUUGCAGUACGCUGCUUCAAGUUUUUCGGACACAUCAUUUCCGAGGAGGGAAUACUACCAGACUCUAAGGAUGCAAAAGGUUCAUUCGACAAGCUUAAGGGUGCUCUGGUUUCUGCCCCAGUCCUGUGUAACUCAUGUUAUGAGAAGCUUUUUGAGGUACACACUGAUACUUCUAAAGUGGCUGUAGGUACUUGUCUUAUGCAACGGGAUAAUUCAGCCAUUGCAUCGGUACAUAUUGAAACUCUGGACCCAACAUUGCUCAGGGCAGAACAAAAUAAAGACUCGUUAAUACAGGAAAUCAUCACCUACUUAGAAGGUGGACAGUUGCCAAAAAGUAAGCUUCCAACAUCUCUCUGCGAGUUUGAAAUUAGUCUUGGUGUUCUUUAUCAUCUCCGUGAGCAGAGUGAUCGCCUUCUUCGACGUGUUGUAGUAACAGUACAACUUCAGCUGACUAAGCAUUUUGUUACAGAAUGCCAAGAGUCUCAGAUCCGGAAGGGCUGUGCUUCAAAGAAUGCACCCCUUGCUUCAGCACCUGAAGUCAGUCAUCCUUUGGAGCGCGUCUCGGCUGAUCUUAUGCAAUUACCACGGUCUUCACGUGGAAAUCUCUACGUGUUGGUAAUAGUAGACCACCUUAGCCGCUUUGUAGAGCUGAUACCUUUGCCAAACAAAAAGGCUCAUACAAUUGCUGAAGCCUUCAUAGAUGGUUAUUUUACUAUUUGUGGGAUACCUCUGGAGCUACAAACAGAUGAGGCCGGUGAAUUUGAUAACAAGCUUAUGGCUCUUGUAUGUGAGUUACUCAUCCAGUUCAGAGUGACAGUGCCAUAUCAUCCACAGACAAACGGGGUAGUAGAGAGGACAAAUAGAGCAAUCAAGUCUGCUCUGAUCGCAAUAUGCACACAUAAUGUCCGCACUUGGGAUGAUUACCUUCUCCAGGUAAGAUUUGCCCUGAAUACCAGUAUUCAUGGAACUGUAAUGGAUCAACCACUCUACCUUUUUAUAGGCCAUCAUGUAGAUAUUCCUGUAGGAUUGGCAAAGCCACCUGUGUAUGAUGAUGAUUCUCCUAUCGCGAUGCUUCGGGAACGUUUAGAAGAAGCUUGGAAAGCAGCACAAGAAGCCUCCCGCAUCGCUCGGCAAGGAUGGACAAGAGAAUACGUAUCCGGAAGAACCUUUCCUUGCAAGAAGACUCAUUAG